AUGAACGCCAUCGACGAGAUCACCACUAAGGAGGUGGACGAGGAGCUCGAAGCCCUCGAGGAAGGCGAACUCGGAACUCUCGUCCGAGUCCCCACCACAGGCACCACGGAUCCGGAGGCCGCAUCGGAGGCGGAAGCUCACGAUGCUCCGCGCCCUUCUAAGAGGAAGAGGCCUGCUCCCUCCAGCCCCGCCGCAAAACGCGCCCGCGAAGUUCUCAGCACUGCGGCAACUCGGAAAGCGGAGGCGGAGAAAAAGCGGCUCAAGCUUAUCGACACCAGCAACAAAGGCCAGCCCGACAUCCAGCAGUUCUUCAAGCCUUCCGGUUCCGGAAGCCAGCCCCCAAAAGCUCCAAGAAUCCUGAAGAAGAAAGUCAAGCCGUCACCGGCUUCCGUCCCUGUUACACCUGAGGUGGAGAUUCCGCCUAAGGCCUCAUCUGCCUCCAAGCCGGAUCCCAAGGACGUCAUCAACCUCGAUGACCUUCCUGAAGACCCCACCGGCCACGACGAUUCCGGCAAAGGCGCCUCCUCGACUGCCCCUCCGCCUGAUCAACCAAGCGCCACCUUCACGGGGCCUACGGAGGAAGAGUAUGAGCAGAAAGUGCAGCUCAUCCACACCUCCGGCACGCUUCAGGCUAAACCUCAGCCAACUCCGUCUCUGCAAAAGCGCUCCCUCGCGGAACGCCACGCGGAAGUUUCCGCCAUGUUGAACACGGUGUGGGGGAAGGCGGACGAGGAGAUGCAAGAGCUCACCGAUCUGGAGGACGGUCUGAAAGUGUUUUUCGCCAAGCACAAGGACAUAACGGAGAUCGAGGCACUGCGCCAGAAUGCGGAAAACAGCCAGAAGGCUGUCCAACUUUUGGAGACCUGCCUUCAAGAAGAAACUGCCAAGCACUCCUCAUUCGAUGAUCUGUCCGCCAAAGUCAAGGUGCUGGAGGCGGAGAACGAGUCUCUCAAAACCUUCAUCAAGGAAUCCUCCGACAAGGAGAAUGAGAAGAGGAAAGAGCUCUCCGAGAAGCAUGCUCGCGAGUUGGCGGAACUGAAUGAUAAACUAAAGAAGAGCCAAAGUCGAGUAACUUCCUUAGUGGCCAAGAACAAAGUUCAAGAGGCGGAAGCGGAGGCCAUUGACAAGCUCAUCUUCCAGGAGGAAGAGGGCGAGCCGGAGUACUACGCGGAAGGCUCCGGGUCAAGCAUCGAGCGUUCCAGAGAAGGCUCCGACGACGACUCCGAGGCUGGCUCCGGCGAUAGUGAUGGCGAUGGCUCCGCGUACCAAGAAUCUGAAGAGGAGGACUCCGAGUAG